AUGUCCGAUACACAACCUACGACAUCCAAAGAAGACCGCCAAGCAUACCUCUCAACGCUCUAUACCCUCCUAUCCCACCUGAAAUCCUCCGAAUCAACCAUCUGUCCCUCUCAAAUCCCACGCUCACUACACGAUUCCGAUCCUUCGCGAUAUCCAGACUGGAGGAGCCUCAUGGAUCCUGUCAGGGAGGUGGUCUGGGAAGAAGCUAGGGAGGGGAGGGUGGAGGUAACACAGAAAGGCGAGGCCAGGAGGUAUGAGGAUAAAGGGGACCUUAGGGGGCCAAUAAGGGUUAGGAGGGGUGAGAAAUGGGAUGAGGGGUUGGUAGAGCGGUAUACCUCCGGAAACGGAUCUGAAUGA